GCGACAAUUUUGGUUGGCAGCCGUGAACGAGCCCACCAUCUGACCAAAGACGUCACAGAGCCUUCAAAUAACUCGACUGCAGCCGAAAAUUUCUCUUUCGUUGACCUCAACCAUGACCUCCAGGUUCUCUGAAGUCACCACCGGCCCACCGAUUGAGGUGUUCGCCCUGAACAAGGCGUUCUUGGACGACACCAACCCCAACAAAGUUAACUUGGGCGUCGGAGCUUAUCGUACUGAUGAUUGUAAACCAUGGGUGCUGCCAGUGGUGCGAAAGACCGAGCAGGCGAUGGCCAACAAUGAGGCCCUCAACCACGAGUAUUUGCCUGUUUUGGGCCUGGACCCAUUCUCCACCGCAGCCACCAGGAUGCUCCUUGGCAAGGAUAACAAAGCUAUUGCCGAAGGAAGGGCGUUCGGAAUUCAAACUUUGAGUGGCACAGGAAGCUUGCGCAUGGCAGCCGAGUUUUUGGGCCGCAUUCUCAAAUAUAAAACCUUUUACUACUCUGUGCCCACCUGGGAAAAUCACCAUCUGAUUUUUGUCAGUGCUGGGUUCACCGAGCCAAAGACAUACCGAUAUUGGAAAGCUGAAACACGCGGUUUGGAUCUGGACGGCAUGCUGGAGGAUCUGCGCAACGCUCCCGAAAACUCGGUCAUCAUCUUGCACUCCUGCGCACACAACCCUACUGGAGUGGAUCCAACCCCUGACCAGUGGAAGCAAAUCGCUGAUGUGGUCCAGGAGAAAAAACUGUUCCCGCUCUUUGACUGCGCGUACCAAGGCUUUGCCUCUGGCGAUUUAGAGAAAGACGCUUUUGCAAUCCGAUACUUUGUGGAGCGCGGAUUUGAGCUUGUUGGAUGUCAGUCGUUCGCCAAGAACUUCGGUCUUUACAAUGAGCGUGCUGGCAACCUGACAGUGGUUGUGAAUGAGACCAAAGUCGUAGCUCCAAGCAAGUCCCAGCUGACGCUGUUAGUGAGAGGAAUGUACUCCAAUCCUCCAAAUCACGGUGCUAGCGUGGUGUCCACGGUGCUCAACACUCCUGAACUCUACGAGGAAUGGAAGGGAUGCAUUAAGACAAUGGCCGACCGCAUCAUAAGCAUGAGGCAAGGGUUGAGGGAGCGUCUGGAGAAACUUGGAACGCCAGGCACUUGGGAACAUAUCACCAACCAGAUUGGCAUGUUCUCGUACACUGGUCUCAAUCAGAAGCACGUUGAGACACUGGUGAACGAGUAUCACAUCUAUCUGCUGAAGAGUGGACGCAUCAACAUGUGCGGGCUGACAAGCAAGAACAUCGAUUACGUGGCCAACGCCAUUUUCGAGACAGUCUCGAAAGUUGGUCUCGACUCGUCUCUCUAAUUAGUCAGCUAUUGCUUUUGGUUUCACCUCCAAAUAUUAAUUGCAAUAAUAAUGCUUUCUAGAUUAAAACUUUGGUUGAGGCAGGUCCGCUCAUUUCAAAAAUUCCGAUCAAUGUUGACAUUAGAAAAGGCUGAUGAUAAGAUAAUAAAUAAUACAAAUUAAUGUUCUGUUAAAAAUAA